UUUUCUCCUUUUUGAUUCUGUGCUCAUUUUACCUUGGCAAAGAUGAGUGGACCGAUAUAAUGGGAGGUCAGAAUUUGAGUCUCUUUCUGCUGAUGUUCCUCCCCGUGCUCAUCCACAAUGUCACUGCAGAGAAGAGAAUGCUGGACAUGGCUCCUGAUGCUGUCGAUGACACCUUCUCAGAGUGUCGUGACAAAAUGAUACAGACUAUUACAGCACCAGGCGGCCUGUUGCAGAAAGACCUCAAGGCCAGAAAGGAUUUUGCAGAGAUGUGGAGGGGUCACGGUGGGACUUGUGAGAAGCAAAUUUAUGGUGCAACACCUCAUCACUUGGCUGCACUGCAGGCUUAUGGGAAUUCUGGAGUUCAAUUCCGAAAGACGUUCAACAGACUGGUUCAGACCAAAGGCAGCAACGCCACAACAUACAACAACGAAUUUCCCUUCAAGUCUCUUCACUUUCUGCUAACAGAUGCUUUGCAACUUCUUAACCAUGGCAAAACAUGUUCCACCGUGUACUUUGGCACAAGCAACCAGUAUACAGCAGAAAUUGGGAAGGAGGUGCGUUUUGGGAGGUUCCUUCAUCCCAGAGUUCAGCAGAGCUCUGAAAUUGAAGCAGCUGAGUCAGAAGGUGAAGGCACGCUGUUCUACAUCACCUCCUGUUCCGUGGUUAAUGUUGAGAACUACACGUGCACUUCUGAGGAAAUUGAACAGCUUAUUUCCCCAACUGAGGUCUUCAGAGUGCAGAACGUCAGUCGUGUUUCAACUGAGGAAGCUGAAUAUAAAAGAAUCACUUUAACACAUUCAGGCUUUCUGAGCAACCAUGACUGCUACUUCUCUACCAGCUCACCUUCUGGAUCCUCUGCUCCACUACUGACCUGCAAGAUUCUGGAAUUGGUGUCCCUCAUUCUUGCCAUUCUUCUGCCAGUAAACAUGCUUUACGAGUAAACAAAGUUUUGACCCAAGAUUGCUUUGUAAUCCAUAUUUUCUUCAUUAAACAAGUUAUUCCUCUUAACACCA